AUGACUGACCAAGAGCUUGACAAUGUCAUAUCAGCCAUCAAAGGUCAAAUGCCAAAUGCUGGUUACCGAAUGGUUCGAGGGCAUUUGGUCUCCAUGGGUCUUCGUGUUCAGUGGUGGAGAAUGAUGGCUUCAAUGCAUCGAACUGAUGCCAUUGGCAUAUUCUCACGGAUAACACAACUUGGGUGUGUGGUACGAAGAAGUUACUCUGUGCGAGGCCCUCUCUCUCUUGUUCAUAUAGACACGAACCACAAACUAAUAAGGUACAACAUUGUUGUCUUUGGUGGAGUGGACGGCUAUUCAAGAAAGAUCUUGUACUUGGAUGCUGCAAAUAACAACAGAGCAAAAACUGCAUUUACAUAUUUCUUGAGAUCGGUCCAGCUUCAUGGCUUACCAUCAAGGGUAAGGGCAGAUCAAGGUGUUGAAAACGUUGACAUUGCACAAUUCAUGUUUGCAACACGAGGAACAGGGCGAGCAAGCUUCAUCUCAGGAAAGAGUGUACAUAAUCAGAGAGUAGAACGACUUUGGCGUGAUGUUUGGGUUGCUGUCACGAGCAAGUACCAUGACAUUCUUCACUCACUGGAGGAGGAUGGUCUGCUUGAUAUUUCUGAUACUGUUCAUCUCUUUGGUGUCCAUUACAUCUUUGUUCCUCGGCUCCAUGCAGAUCUUGAGAUCUUUACUGCAGGGUGGAAUAAUCACCCUCUACGUACAGAAGAAGGUCUCACUCCUGAGCAGAUGUGGUGCAUGGGACAUCUACAAGAUCUAGACGAGGGGGAGAGACUUGAGGACCUCCAAGAUCCUGCCAUUGACUGGGAAAGUGCUGUACUGUGUGAAGAUUCCCACGGCGCAGUUGUGAUCCCUGAGCUUGAGUGUCCACUGCAUGAGGAAGCUCUGGAAGAACUUCAAAGAAACAUCAAUCCUCUGGAGCGCUCUCAGACACAUGGCCGCGACUUGUACAUACGAUUCCUACAUCUGAUGUCAAACUAACAAUGACAUUUAAACAUUAACUUAAAAUCAACACAUUGGCUGAG